AUGAGGCAGACAAUUACUGUCGAUUACCUUGUCAUUGGUGCGGGUGCCAUGGGAAUGGCUUUUGUCGACACCCUGUUCACCGAUGACAAGAAAGCAACGUUCGCUAUUGUCGACCGCUACAACCGCCCAGGUGGUCACUGGACCAAGGCCUAUCCUUUUGUCCGCCUUCACCAGCCAUCUAACUUUUACGGCGUGAAUUCCAGGGACCUUGGUGAGGACAAGAUUGACAUGGUUGGUUGGAACAGAGGCUUGGCCGAGCUCGCGACCAGUGACGAGAUCCUGGCCUAUUAUACCCGGGUCCUAACACAGCGAUUUCUACCAUCUCACCGGGUCACCUACUAUCCUUUGUGCGAGUAUACUAGUGGCGGCGAGUUUUACUCUACUGUCACCGGGAUGAAGUAUUCUGUCGGAAACGAAACUCGGAUUGUCGAUGCCACUUUCAUGCGCGUGAAGGUCCCCUCUAUGAGCCCGCCUGUCUAUAGUGUCGCGGACGAUGUUAAACUUAUCACGCCGAAUGAGUUAGCUCAAGUCUCUCGACCUUACGGUAAUUAUACUGUUGUUGGUGCUGGCAAGACCGGCAUUGAUGCCUGCCUGUGGAUGUUAAGCAUGGGCAUUGAUCCGUCAAAAAUUACAUGGAUUAUGCCACGCGACUCGUGGUUAUGGGAUCGGAGUUCUGCUCAGCCCGCGAGAUCAUCUGUCCAGGUCCAGAAGACACAAGACCAUUUUCAAUCAGAAAUCGAAGCGACCAUGGCCGCCACAUCGGUAGAUGAUUUGUUCAAACGGCUAGAUGCAUCCGGGGCCCUGUUGCGCGUUUCUAAGAACGACUGGCCCACCAUGUUUCGCUGCGCUACAGUAUCUUUUGCGGAAUAUGAGCAGAUUAAGAAGGUCGAGAAUAUUAUUCGCAUGGGUCGGGUGAAACAGAUUUCUGCGAAUCAGGUGAUUCUAGAACGCGGCGAACUCAGUCCUGUGCUCGAUACACUCUAUAUCGACUGUACGGCUGAUGGGCUCAAAGGAUACGAUCCAGUUCCUGUGUUCAACGGCAAACAAAUCACUCUUCAGGCUGUCCGUGCUUGCCAACAAGUAUUUAGUGCCGCCUUGAUUGCCCAUGUCGAGGCUGAGUUCGAUAAUGACGAAAAGAAGAAUUCUCUCUGCCGCCCGAUAUCGCACCCUAGCAAAUCUAUUGACUGGCUUAGAACCAAGAUUCAAGAUCAUGAGAAUAUGUCAUUAUGGAACGCUGAGCCAAAGAUGGUCACCUGGCUGAGCGAAUCCCGCCUCAAUAUGUUCAAGAACAUCCGACCAUCGCUGCCAGAGAAUCAAGAGGAGCAGCGGCUCGCAUUGCAAGCAAUCGAAGAAAAUGAGGUAGCAUACAUGAAAAAGAUGCGAAAGCUUUAUGACGAUUAUAAAACGGAGAGGGUGGAGGUGUAA